AGGAGGGGUGGGUUGAAAAAAAAAUCUCACACACACAUACACACACACGAAGAGAAACAAAAGCACAGUUGUGGGUGCCUGAAACCAUGCGAGAUUUGCACUAUUCUCAAAGAACGCUGCUCUAUCCGUGGACCAUGUCGUGAGGUGUGGCUCCAGCGCUCGGGAUACUGCCAAUAGAUACGCCUGGGAGCGGGGCAAAAGAUGUCCGCCUCGGUAGGGCCCCAAAGCGGCCCUCGCCCACCCACCGUGCCGGCUCCCAUGCCUGAUAUGCCGGACUUGAGUCACCUCACGGAGGAGGAAAGGAAAAUCAUCAUGGCAGUGAUGGUUCGGCAAAAGGAGGAAGAGGAGAAGGAACAAGCCAUGCUAAAGACACUGCACCAGCAGUUCGAGAGUUAUAAGGAGCAGGUGAGGAAGAUCGGGGCAGAAACAAAACGACAGCAGGCUGUCCAUAAAGAUGAUGCACCUACCUGUGGCAUAUGCCGUAAGACCAAGUUUGCAGAUGGCUGUGGGCAUCUGUGUUCCUACUGCCAGACCAAGUUCUGCGCCCGCUGUGGGGGAAGAGUGUCGCUGCGCUCAAAUAACGUGAUGUGGGUAUGUAACCUGUGCAGGAAACAGCAGGAAAUCCUAACUAAAUCAGGAGAAUGGUUUUCAUCAGGGCCUGGGGGGAGGCCUCUUAGUGUGGGCGCUCCCCUCAGUGUCCCUGAGUUGGAGAAGGACAGGAAGUUGCGCUCCAGAUCACAGGCCCCGGUCGCUAACGACACUCUGCCACCCAACGCUGGUGCUGGUGACCCAACCAAGGGAGCAGAUACAAUGCCCACCUCACGCUCCCGCAGUGAACCGCCACGAGAAAAGAAGAGACCUGUGUCCCUGCACGAGCAGAAUGGAAAGGUGAUUGGACGUGGAGAGAGAAGACGAGGCCCAGGCCGGUUGUCAUCACAGGCCUCUGAAGACCGAGCUCCAGGUGAAAAGCGUGACAGCAGGCGAUUAGAGAAAGGUAACUCGCAGGAAUACUCAGAGAAUGAACCCACCCAUCCCGAGCGGCGAAGGAGACAGGAGGAGGAAGAGCGAGAGCGUCAAAGACGAGAGGAAGAGUACCAGACUCGUUACCGCAGCGACCCGAACCUCGCCCGGUACCCUGUUAAACCGCAGAAGGAGGAACAGGAAAUGCGUAUGCAUGCCAAAGUGUCCAAAAUGCGUCAGGAGCGUCAUCACAGCGACCUAGCCAUCAACGAAGUUGGAUUAAUGCAAGACGGGGGCGAGCCGCCUGGAAAUCGCAUGAGCAGGCAACGGGUGGCUAACAACGAAGACCGCAAGGCCCUUUUAGAAAACCAUCGAGCUUAUUCUGUGGACAGGACCGUGGGGGGCGGUGUUGGGUUACAAGGAUCCCUCAGUAAACAGGGCCACGGUGGCCCUCAAGUGGGCCCUCCUGGGCCUCCAGACCUCAGGGACGGACAGGACUGGGGCCCAAAGGGGCAUCUGGAUCCUGGGUCCGCAGCUUUUCUGCACAGGGCUAAGCGGGAAAAGGCUGCAGAAAUCAUGCGUAAGGAUUCUUCUCUUAGCUCGGACCAAUCUGAGUCAUUACGGCCACCUCCACCUAGAGCCUAUAGACCCAAACGAGGCCUCAACAAAAGGCAGAUGUCCAUCAGUAGCUCAGAAGAAGAGGGCGGCUCCACGCCUGAAUACACCAGUUGUGAGGAUGUGGAGAUCGAAAGUGUUAGUGAAAAAGGUGACUGGGACUGUCAUCCUCUGGACCCAACUGUGUGGCAUCAUCCAGUGAGCUGGCAGCCAUCCAAAGAGGGAGAUCAUUUGAUUGGCCGCAUCACUCUAAGUAAGCGCUCCACCAUGCCACGAGAAGCCGGUUCCCUACUGGGUCUGAAGGUGGUUGGUGGAAAAAUGACGGAGUCAGGGAGACUGGGGGCCUUUAUCACCAAAGUAAAGAAAGGAAGUUUGGCUGACAUUGUAGGCCAUUUACGAGCAGGCGAUGAGGUGUUGCAGUGGAAUGGAAAGGCGUUGCCUGGAGCAACUAAAAAGGAAGUGUACAAUAUCAUUCUGGAGUCCCAGUCAGCACCUCAAGUGGAAAUAGUUGUUUCCAGACCAAUUGGAGAUACACCAAGACUUCCAGGGACAUCACAUCCUCCUCUAGAAUCAACUGGUUCGAGUUCUAUAGAUGAAUCCCAAAAGAUGGACCGUCCAUCCAUAUCUGUUAUGUCACCUACUAGUCCUGGGAUGUUGAGAGACCUCCCUCUGGUACUGCCAGGCCAGCUGUCGGUGAAAUUAUGGUAUGAUAAAGUGGGCCAUCAGCUUAUUGUCAAUGUCCUACAAGCACGAGAACUGCCUCCUCGACCAGACGGACGACCCAGAAAUCCUUAUGUCAAAAUGUAUUUUCUUCCUGAUAGAAGUGACAAGAGCAAGAGGCGGACAAAAACGGUGAAAAAGAGCGCAGAGCCAAAGUGGAAUCAGACGUUCCUGUAUUCUCACGUCCACCGCAGAGACUUCAGAGAGCGUAUGCUGGAGAUCACUGUUUGGGACCAGCCCAGAGUCCAGGAGGAAGAGAGUGAAUUUCUGGGAGAGAUUCUAAUCGAGCUGGAAACAGCUCUGUUGGAUGACCAGCCGCAUUGGUACAAAUUGCAGACCCAUGAUGUGUCGUCCCUACCACUGCCCCAGCCGUCCCCCUGCCUCCCUCGCAGACAUGUUCACGGAGACAGUCCUAGUAAAAAACUGCAAAGAUCUCAUCGCAUCAUUGAAACAGAUUAUGAUGAUGGUAUAACGGUAGUGUCCUCAGCGGCAGAGAGGAACUCCAGGGACAGGGAGAGGUCAAGCACGCUGACUGUACCUGAGAGACAGGCGGCCAUACAGCAUCGCUCGCGGUCAGUAUCCCCGCACAGAGAAGACCAAUGCAGAGCCCGCUCACGACCUGCACACGUCCCUAUGCAGAGGAGUCUGGAUGAGAUCCACAAAAACCACCAUCAUUCCUACUCUCCCUCUCGCUACCACGACUCCCACCAGGAACAUCGCUCCGGAGAUUCUGACUAUGAAUAUUCAGAGGACAGCGAGGUCCUGGAGAUGCACAGAUCAAUCCGAGGCGGGAGUGCUGAGUGCCUGCAUACAAACAGGAAAUUAGCUAGGCACUGUAACACACUUCCCCCAAAGAUGCCCUUGUUAGUGAAUGGUAUACAUAAAGAUAUUUACAGCUCUACCCUUCCUGCAUGCUUAAAGAACAAACCACCACAGCGAACAGAGAGGAAUGGCGUUAUCCCUCUUAGUGCCAUUCCACAGCGUGUUCUCAGGUUCACAGACGAGGUCAGCUCUGGUGAUCUUCAGCCUUCAUUAGAUAGAGUAAGAAGUGCCAGUACGACUUGUCUGAGACCAGAGUCAAACUUCCACUCACCUGAAAGAGAAAGGCAUUCUGGCAAUUUGGAUAGGCCAAGCUGUCAGAUAGCAAACAAGAAAACCAUUGAUGGCGACAGACUCCAGCCCACCUCUAUCCUCAGGGGUGGCAGGAGGAGAGAGCCUCUCCUCAGGCCCUUUGGCCAGACCAACUUAGGGGGAUCCUGCCCUAACUCCCCACGAGCUGACAGAGAACUUCAGCAUGGUGGACAUUAUUCCCCGGCAGGGACCACAUCAUUAGGGCGCAGGGGCAGACAGCUGCCACAACUCCCUGCAAAGAGCAGCAGUAUAGAACAAGACCAUGUCAACAGUAAACCUGAGGAGAAACCUAACUCAGCACUAGCAGUGGAAGAGCGGGCUCGUCAGUUGCAAAUGAGAGUACAUUCCUAUCGGCCGGGCUCUUCUGCAAGCUCUGGUCACGACCCAGAGGCAGAGCUCAAAAACAGGAGAGAUAUGUAUAAGGACCAGAGGAGGAGCUGUGAUAACAUGUCUGCGAGGUCAUCAGACAGUGACAUGAGCGAUGCAUCAGCCAUCUCCCGUGCCAGCAGUGCCUCACGGCUGAGCGCCACCAGCUACAUGUCCAUUCAGUCUGAGAGACCACAUGGGAGAAUCAGGUCGAAGUCGUUGGAAAGUUGUAAAGGAGAUGAAAAAAAGGAGAGAAGGAUUUCAUGGGGGGUGAAUGGAACAGACAGCAAGAGGAGUCUGGGAAAGAGGCGUUUCUCUGAGGAGCUUAAACGCCGACGUCAUACGGUGGCUGGAGAUGUGAGUCGUCAAGUCAGAGCCUCAUCUGGUCGAAGUAUGCUAAAGAGCACAAGCGUUAGCGGUGACAUCAACACGACGGAGCGAACAGACGGCAGCCAGUCUGACACUGCCCUGGGAACAGUCGGAACCGGAGCGAAAAAGCGGCGUUCCAGUCUCAAUGCUCGAUUUGUGGCUAUUGUGGGAAACCGUCGCAGCCGAAGCACUUCACAGAUCAGUCAGACAGAGGCAUCCAAUAAGAAGUCAAAGGGCAGUCAAGGGACAAUUCAGCGCAGUCAAGAGACGGGAAUGGCUGUAGAAUUGCAGAGGAAUAUGAGUCGUCAACCCAGCCGUGAAUCCAACAACGGAAGCAUGAACAGCUACAACUCAGAGGGCAGUCCAAUCUUCCCAGCAGUUCGAGUCGAGACUCAGUUCAGUGAUUUCCUGGAUGGACUGGGCCCUGCUCAACUAGUUGGUCGACAAACCCUUGCCACACCAGCAAUUGGUGACAUUCAGAUUGGCAUGGUGAAUAAGAAAGGCCAGCUGGAGGUGGAGGUGAUAAGAGCACGGGGUCUCAUCCAAAAACCAGGGUCCAAAUCACUCCCCGCUCCGUAUGUCAAAGUCUAUCUUCUACACAAUGGGGCAUAUGUAGCUAAGAAGAAGACAAAAAUUGCACGCAAGACACUCGACCCGCUGUACCAGCAAACGCUGCAGUUUGAAGAAAGUCCACAGGGUAAAGUGUUACAAGUAAUUGUCUGGGGAGAUUAUGGGCGAAUGGACCACAAAUCCUUCAUGGGAGUUGCACAAAUCCUACUAGAGGAGCUGGACCUCUCCAGCAACGUGAUUGGCUGGUACAAACUUUUCCCGCCUUCUUCCCUAGUCGAUCCAACUCUUGCCUCUCUAACUCGACGUGCUUCUCAGUCAUCCCUGGACGGUUCGCCGGCACCUGCGGGGGUUCGAUCGUAGUGGACUAAUAAUCUAAAGCACAGUCUGAGAGACAACGGGACAACAAUAAGAGCCAGGCAGAAAAUGCGAUGAAAUAACACAAAGCUUUGUUCAAAUCUGACAAUCACUCCUGUGACUUUGUUUUUGUUUUCCUCUUUGUGGGUAGCCCGUGUUCUGCCAACUUUGUUUGUCCUAAACAAAAUCGUUCGUUUCUCUCACUGUUUGUCGUGUGAGACUUAGGGCUGUCUACUACACUAGCACGUGGGAAGCACCGCUUUAGGGCGACGUAGAAAGCAGGGUGAUAUUCAGUCAAGUCUUCAUUGAAAUGUACGUUAGCUAGUUUUUAACAGAGCAUCAGAAUGUAUCAACCCAAAAACAAAGGUGACCUCUGACCAAAGGGAUUGUGGGGCCUCGGUCUAAAAGAGGCCCUGUCUAAACCCUGUUUGUACUGAAAGCGAAGGUCAGGAACUUGAAAGACGUAGGGCGUCCCCUGGGGAGGUUGUCUGGAAGGGCAGGGCCUUUCUUGGUGCCUAAACCUGGAGGACCCAAAGCCAUGGUCCAUUUCCUCCAAAAAAGUUCCUUUGUUUUCAAUGUUCGUAACAGCUAACGGAGGCCGCUCUCGUCUAGAAGUUGUUUUUUUUUUUUUACAUCUCUAGCACGUUUUAUGAGAAACAAGAGGUUGUGUUGUCCAGUGUACUGUGAAAAUGACAGGAAAUGCUAAAAAUGAAAUUGAAGACAACGCAUCUGGAAAUACACACAUUUAUUUGCACAUUUUAUUAAUUAAAACUAUUACAUUAUCCUACAGUACGUUGCAAUACAUCAUCUUAUUCAAUGAAUUGAAUUCUUUUUUUUAGAUGUUUACACUUAUUAUUAAAUGGUAUUAAAAAGUGUAGUUAAUGAAAAAAAACUAUGUACCAAGAUAAACAUAUUUGUGUAUUUGUACUUUUUCCAAUUUUUGGUAAAGGAAAUCUAUACAAUUAUGUUUUCAUGAUACAUAGAGUUUUUCGGACGCUAAACUAACUUUUUAACUUCGUUUGAUGGUAAGUGUUUGUGUAGACGUACAUUUCUCUUUUUAAUCUAUAUGUGGUUCAGCAAAAGCCACUCUGGGGUCACAUGACUGACCCAAGCCCUUGCACAUAUGUCUUUAUUUUGAAUUAAAAGUGCAAGCACAAAGCUUGAUUUUUAAAUUUAAAAAAUCUGAUUAAAAAUAUAUUUAAAAAAUAAAAUCAAGCCAACUAGCUUGUUAAUUUCAUUUCCACUUUGUGUACAUGACAGAAAACAGAGAAAAGAGUCAUGCAAAUGCAAGUUCCUCUUGUGUGUCUCUGUAAAUGUUGAAGUGACCAAUCUGAUUUUGCCAUCACGAGCAUAAACACCAAUCAUCUAUCAGGCCACUGGCCCCUCCCUCCGGUGCGGCGGAGCAGCAUGACUCGGAUCAGUUCCCAGCUGCAUGCACAUUUUUGUAAAACAGACUACACAAAUGUUAAAAAGUAACAGAAAUAGAUAUGUGUUAGUUCAACAUACUGUAGGCCAGCUUGUAUGUUGCAUGUACCUGUACAGUUUGCUUGUACUUGAAUAUAAGAGAUAAACCAAGAAAAAGAAGCCAUUUGCUUUCACUCAGACUUUUCAGAUCAGCUACAAAACUAGUUCAUGUCCUCCAUUCGGUGCUGAAUGUUGCAACAUUUAUUUCUUUCCAUUUUUUUUCAAGGUUUUUGAUUAUUGCUUUUUAGUCUUUUAUAUCCCUUAGGGGAAAAUGUGCUGUACUGUAACACUGAACAAAAACUAACCUCCCUCAUGUUUUACAGAUUCUACUGUAUCAUAAUUUACCUCAAAACCACAGAAAUUAACCUAGAAAAUAUGUAUACAUCCCAUCAAGUUAUUCAAGAGUAUACGGAUAUCAAAACAGGAAAUGUCCAAAAUAUAUCAUACAUACACAACAGUAUCCAUGUUAAAUAUAAAUGUAGAUGCACAGAGACUUAUUAGCGCAUGUGUUGUAAAUAUGAGAUGACCAUGUGGUUAAGCCAUAUUUGCAAAGGGGCCAAGGCUUACUUUUGAGAACAACCAUCCCGAUAUGAGGGACCGCUGAGCGGACACCUUUCUUAUCAUAUGGGUCCAAAUCUAGAGCUCUCACUGUCACUUUUAGAGGGCCGAACCACUCCGCUCUGAAGCUGUAGCCAGAUCGUCAUUUUCUCUGUGCUUUCGAGCCAAAUUCUUCACCUCUGCUAUCUGAAAAUUUUGAUUGUUUUUUCUUCAUGAGAGACAGGUGUUUCUUUUACUUGAUCAGUAUUCUUGGGUAGAGGGGAAAAACAAUGCUGACUGUUUACAACUUCUAGUAUGUGUUCCACUGAGAUGAUGAAAAAGAAAAAGUAUUCACUGCAACAUUUCUGUUUGUAUACAGGUGUGGCUCAUAUGAUGUGUAUGUUUUAUAUUUAAAAAAAUGAAAAAAAGUUCAUUUUUAUUAUUUACAAAUAAAAAAAAAGUGUGUGAAAGAAAUUUCAA